GAAGAAGCAGUAUUUGUUGUAGAAGAAGAAGACGAAGAAGAAGGAAACCGGAAGCGUCGUUCCUCCUCCUGCUGGCGAUAGCUAACUAAAGCUACGUUGGUGUCAUCGUCUUAUCGGGUUGGGCUUUGACAACAGAAAGCUUCAUUUCGUGUCCAGCCACGAAUACCUAUCUUCAGAGGAGUGUCUGGAGAGAUGAACAACAACGGGAAUAAGAGAGCUCCAACUACAGCCACUCAGCGACUGAAGCAGGAUUACCUCAGGAUAAAGAAAGACCCUGUGCCUUACAUCUGUGCAGAACCUCUACCUUCCAACAUCCUAGAAUGGCACUAUGUAGUCAGAGGUCCUGAAAAAACUCCAUAUGAAGGGGGAUAUUAUCACGGAAAACUCAUAUUUCCUCGGGAAUUUCCUUUUAAACCACCAAGCAUCUAUAUGAUAACACCAAAUGGGAGAUUCAAGUGCAAUACAAGGUUAUGUUUGUCUAUUACAGACUUCCAUCCAGACACGUGGAACCCUGCGUGGUCUGUCUCCACCAUCCUUACAGGUCUGCUCAGCUUCAUGGUGGAGAAAGGCCCCACCCUCGGCAGCAUUGAGACCUCUGACUACACAAAAAGACAGCUGUCAGCCCAAAGCCUGGCCUUCAACCUCAAGGAUAAAGUGUUCUGUGAGCUGUUUCCGGAUGUAGUCGAUGAGAUGAAGCAGAAACAAAAGGCCCAGGAGGAGUUAAGCGCCCGCACUCAGCCCCUCCCCUUACCCGAUGUGGUUCCUGACGGUGACCCUCAGCACGCCCACUACGGGCUCCCCGCCCUCAACGGAGGUCCCGUCCCCCUUGGGGGCGCUAACCCCGUCCCUGGCCUGCAGCAGGCCAAUCGCAACCAUGGACUUUUAGGUGGAGCUCUUGCCAACCUGUUUGUGAUCGUAGGCUUUGCAGCAUUCGCCUACACAGUCAAGUACGUGCUGAGGAGCAUAGCCCAGGAGUGAGUGGAGCCGGUGUUGUAGGGUGGCGCUCCCCCCUGCAGGUGAGCCAGCUAGUGGACUCCACAUUCUACAAACACACUACGUGGGGGAGGGAUGUUCAGUCCUGGUUUAAACCCCUCCACGACCACCACAACGACCACCACCACCAUGGACUUUGGAUGACGGAAACUCAAAGCAGACCCACCAAAGAGGGAUGAGAGAAGGAGGAGGUGGGGGAGUGGACGGGAGUGGCAGUAGGGCCGGGGAAUUCGAGGGGCUUAUUAAAACAGUUGCGAUCCACUCUGUGCUUUAGUGGUUUAUGUCAGCAGUAGGAACAAACUUGGCUCAUGGGUUGUGGAAGAGUGUAGAACUAAAGACAGAUUGUUGCACCGUUCUGGAGGCAGGUCACAACAACAGAAAAAUGCUAAAAUGCACCAUUGUUCUCCUUCAUCAUGAACAUUAGUGAUAACAGCUUUAGUAUGCAAAUCUCAAAGCAUGUGUCUCCACUUUUGCAAGAUGUAAUUUGCUCUGCAGUGUUUGCUAGUCACUCAUCAGAUCUGAAAGACACCUCAAGCUGUGACUUCAUGCUGUCGCAGCGCCAAAUGUUUUCAAAGUCAAGAGAGAAGGAUUGCCACCUAGACCAGUUGUGGGACUCUCCUGAUCAAUUUAGUGCAUUUGAAGUCAUCAAGCUAAAAAAAAAAAAAAUUUAACCGCAAUAUUUGCAUACAAUGCUUUUUUUGGGAUGGUAUGUUUACCUCUGCUAUUGUUGAAUAGCAUCAAGGCAUUCGUGUCAGUAACUGGUUUCUCUACCCUCAUCUCACUACGUCGCGUGUUAAUCUGGGUUGAGUUGGAAAUGUGACAUGUUUUGUUUUUUUGUAGGAAUGUGCUGAUCUCCAGGUCAUACACGCACACACAACCAUUUCACCAAUUUGUAACCUCACCACCCUGUCAAAGAUUGACACGCAUAAAAGAUUUGACAUCUUACAUGUGCCAAGAAUAUGUCUACAUAUUUUGAUCACAAAUGGAACCUCAGAGGAACUGCCUUGUGGUUCAUGUUGACUGCCAGGGAAGGGUAACAGGAAUCUUUAUGAUCUGACCCGUGAAUUCUCAGUAAUUUCAUUAGCACUCAGCGGCAAAGAUGGUCUACAUGUAAAAAAAUAAGUCCCAAAACAGUGCGCAACAAUGUGAUAGAAGUAGAACUUCAUACACUUGUCAGUAUUUCUGUUUCUCAUCAGGAGGGUUUUAUUUUCUGCACUAAAGCAUACAUAUGAUGAUGCAUCACAUGACCGGCAGGUAGUGCAGAAAGUAGUCAUCCUACAAAGGUAUUGGCAAUUGUAUUAUGAUCUAUAAUUCUCUUUUAUCUAAAUAGAUUAAAAACAUACACCUUGGCAUAUCAGUCUGUGAAAGAGCUACUGAUAGGUGGUCAAAAUCUGAUGUGAGUCCAACAUUCUCUCCUGUCAACCCAUGAGCCAAGCAGUAAAACCCAGUGUCUGCACAGAAGUAAAUAGAGACCAGUAUCUUUUUUAAUUGGCUUAGCUGACCAAUAGCGCACCAAUCUAUACAGAUCAAUGUAAAGAGACACAUGAAGAGAACCACCAUUUGUUUCUGUAUAUUAUUUUCUUUUUGAUCAUUUUUGGUUGUUUUUGUUCUCUUAUUUAUACACUGCCUCGGGGUUAUCUGGCACAGUUCUGAGGAAAUGUCCAGUGUUUGUUAAGUGCAGGCAAGCACAUCCAGAUAGGCAAUGGGCCAGGCUCAUACAUUUGCUGAUAAUUGCUGUUUGCAUUGCAUUGAGUAAAGAUGGUUCUACUGUGUAUCUAAUGUUCAACAGAAAAACGGUCUGAAAGCAGAAGAUUUGCCUUUUCUAUUGCUCUUUUCUUGGCACCAUCUUAAAAAAGACAUACUGAUGAUGAUGAUGAUGAUGAUGAUGAGAGUGCGUUUGUGUGACUAUAAAGCAAAUGCCCAAAUUUCCAUGCUUCAGUUAAUCUUGUGUGACAUUGUAUGUUUUCAUAGUAAAUGCAAAUAAAUUACCCUGCUUGGCAGGGCCUUUUAG